AGUCCGGUGCCAGCGAUGGCACUGCGCUGGUCUCAGACGCAUUGAUGUCUGAUUAAAUAAGUGUGUCCGGCGAGUGACGAGUGUGAUAAUAUUCACUGCCAUCGUCCGACAGAUAGGAUGGUAUUGGUGUGACUGGUUUGAUAUGUUCGACGAUAAUGAGCAGGUGCCAUGUGAUCGUGCGGAAAGUGAAGAGCGUGCUUUAUUACAAGUAUCGUGUCGCUAAGGAAUGUGCUUUUCCGCCACAAUGCUACAUGACCGGCCGUCGGCGUCUGCUGGGUCUGCUCUGGCUGAGCUGCCUACUGGCGGGUGCCCUGUGCCUGACCCUGGAUCAGCAGCACCAGUCGGGGUCAGGUCAGGUGGUGACCCUGCACCAUCAGCAGACCAUCCUCACGCUCCAGAUGACCGACAACGGCGAGCUGACACGCUGCGAUACCAUCGAGGUCAAUUACGCGGAUGACGAGCGCCGGCGACUGGCGGCCAUCCGACGGGAGCGGCCGGUCACCGACGUCUCCCUGUCACACAUGCUCGACACGCUGCGGCGCUGCCAGCAGCUGGACACUGUCCGUCGCCGCCGGCGGCCGCAGGGACAGGUCGCCGAGCUGACCAAGAGCGGCGACCACUGGGACGCCAGCAUGCUGCUCAGGGGACUGGUGCCCGGUACGAAGUGGUGUGGUCUGGGAGACACUGCCGAAGGCUGGAACGACCUCGGAACUAACGCCGAGCUGGACCGCUGCUGUCGGACGCAUGACCUCUGCCCGGUCAAGGUCAAGGCCUACAAACGGCGCUACGACCUUUUCAACUGGGGAGUGUACACUAAGUCCCACUGCGCCUGUGACCAGGAGUUCUACCGCUGCCUGAAGGCGUCCUCUGCGCGGGAGGCGGACAGCGUGGGCCGGCUGUUCUUUGACCUGCUGCAGCCGCAGUGUGUUCAGGGGAGGGUGUGUGAACCCGACGAGCCUGCAGACGCCUGUCUGGAGCGCCAGAAGGCGGGCGAGGUGGCGAAGACGGGACUCAAGUUCUUUGACCAGCCGCGCCGCUAUGAGACGGCGCCGGUCACCGUGUCUGCCGGGGCAGGGGGAGGAAGGGGAACCACCGGGGGAGAGCGGGGAGAGGUGGGGGAACUGGGGGAACUCUUUGACGGAGGGAUCGAAACUACUCAGGAAUUGAUACACGUUGCUGGGGUCGGUCCUCAGGACGGUCCAGUGAAACCCGCAUCCAGUUAUAGUGGGGGAGGACUGUCGUCGUUCCUGAGAAGGCUAUUUGACCGUCUUGGGUAAUUUGUGACCGGGCUUGGAAAGCUUGGGAAGCUGGUGCUGCCGUGAAAUGUGAUAUGUGUAUUACGAUGUUUUACGACGGGAUGUGCCUCGUGUUUGUCGUGUUUUAUUUCGGUGCGUGAACUGAAUGCAUCAAUUCCAUUGUUGUUGAAUGUUAUGUCAAUAUGUUCACUCGAUUUUUCAUUGCUGAUCACCAACAGCUAUUGUUUCCGCUAUUGCUACAAUAAAAUAAGUCGAUUUCACAA